AUGUUUCAUCAACCAUAUUAUUCUUCUCAACAAUCUCAUCCUUCUCAACAAACUCAUCCUCAACAAACUCAUUCUCAACAGUCUCGUCCUCAACAACCUCAUCCACAACCACAACAACCUCAUCCACAACCACAACAACAAACUCAUGGUCAACAACAUCAACCAUAUUAUCCUUCUAAUCGUGGCUCAUCAAAUUUUUUUAUGCCAAAUCAUCCAUUUUAUUAUCGUCCAAAUGCUCCGCCACCAAAUCAAAGUACACAUAAUUUAAAUUUUACUCAUGACUUUGAACAUAAUCAACCUCAUCAUGGUUUUACAUCAAUGCCUUCAGGUAGUUACCCAUCUUAUGAUUAUACUACUCAGAAUGUAGAACAACAACGUUGGAGACACAAUGUAAGUCGAGCUCAACAACAACAGCAUCAACAACAUCAAACACAUCAACAGCAACAACAACAACAACGUCGUCAAACACCAGCAUUUCAUUUUCAAGAUAAAUCAACAUCCUAUUUUAUGACUGAUCCAAUUGUAACAAACGAUGAUCGUUUAACUAUUCAAUUAACGAAAGUUCAUAUUGGACCCAAUGGUGAUCAACAACGUGUAUUUGUCGAACAAGAAUUUAGUAACGAAACUGAAUUAAAUAAAUUUGUUCGAAAUUUAAGACAAAAUUUCGAAAAAACAUUUAAUAAUCGUUCAUCCGGAGACAGCAGUAACAUAACUGAAAGUAACAGUACAGAUAGCAAAAAAUCUGGUGUCGUUGUUGUUGAAGAACCCGAUGAAGAACCGAAAGUCUAUCAACAACAAGCUUAUAAUGCAAAUAUUGAAUCAAAAAAAGCAGCUUCAUCUAUUGUCAGUCCAAUAACAUCACCUGAAUUAGAUUGUCCAUCACCAGAAAAAUUUGAAGAACGUUCUCGACCACCAAGUUUUGAACAUCAUCUUCAUCAUCAUCAUAGAUAUGUUUCACCACCACCUUCUCAUAUAUCAUCUGUAUCAACAUCACGUUCAAAUCGACGACAUAGAAAUAAAAUGAAAUAUCGUCGACAACCAACCGAACCUCGAGAAGAACCAAAACCAACGAGACUAUUUGAUAUGCCAAGUUUUACUCGUCAUUAUCCACCAACAACAACACCACCACUAUCACGUUUUCAACAUAGAUUUUCUACUGAACAUGAUCUUCGUAUAAAAAAUGAAUUUAAUCUUCUACCACCACCAUCAUCAAAUCCUAAUGUUCAAUGGAGACAAAAUCAUGGUGGUUAUCCUAAACAUCGUUCACGUUCAUAUGUACCACCAAUGAAUGAUAAUUAUCCUCCUACUUCUUCAACACCAUCACGUUUUCAAAAUACAACUGAUCCAUUUUUUCGACCCAUUAAUCCAGCAAAAUUUCCUCAACAACGUCAAAAAGAUUUACGUCCACCACCACCAUCAUCACCUUCAAAAUUUCGUCGUUCACAACGUCGAAAACCUAUUCAACCAACAACAAUAUCAGAAAAUCAUAUCUAUCCAAAUAAUGUACAACAACAACAACCACGUGUUCAUCGUACAAAAUCAGAAUGUCGAAAUUUUCAAAAUCAACAACAACAUCGAAGUCGAAGUACAACAAAUCAAUUUCAAUUUUUCUCUCCAUUACAACCACCACCUAUUGUUCAAAGACAUUUUGUCGCAUUUCGUUCUCCACCUGUUUUCCUUUCAUCAAUACAUUCAGCAGCACCAAUGUUCUAUCCAAAUCAUAGAAGACAAUUUGACAGUAUGCAACCACAAUUACGUUUAAUUAAUCAUUUUCGUCUUGGUACAAAUCGUUUUUAG